ACAUAUAUGAUGAUAAUGGCGAAAAAUACGGAUAAGGAUUGGGAAAUUGUUCUUAGUUAUCAUGAUGCUAUUAUACGACAAUCAGAUUAUCGAAUCUUACAAUCUCGACAAUGGAUUAAUGAUAGUUUAAUUGAAUUCUGGUAUGAAUAUCUUACACAUAAUCUUUACAAAGAAUAUUCCAAUCAAUUAUUAUGUCUCAGUCCAUCAUUAACACAAUUGAUCAAAAUGACUGAUUCAAUGGAUGAAAUUCGUAUGAUUCUUCAGCCAUUAAACAUUGAACAACGAAAAUUGAUUCUAAUGCCAUUGAAUGAUAAUAUGUCAUAUGAUUAUGGUGGUUCACAUUGGUCAUUACUUGUAUUCAUAAAUGAUGGUGAUAAAUCUCGUUUAGAAUAUUAUGAUUCAUCUAUUCAACCACAACUAUCGAUGAUGAAAAUAAUUGGUCAAAAGUUUUCAAAAUUAUUAUCCUGUGAUUCGGAUGUUCAUAUUGAACAAUGUCAUUUACAAGAAGAUGGCUAUAAUUGUGGUAUACAUUUAAUAUGUAAUUCUAAUGCUAUCUGUCAAAAAUAUCUACUUAGUUAUGCUGAUCUUGGCAAACAAGCAAGAGAUAUUUUCUCGAAAAAUUAUCAUUUUGGCCUAGUAAAAUUGGAUGUUAAAACCAAAACACAGAAUAAUGUUGAAUUUGCCGUUAAUGGUGUAUCGGUUAAUGAUACUGGUCGUGUAAAUGCAACAUUUGAAACAAAAUAUUUUUUUAAGGAUUGGAAUUGUACCCUUAAAGAAAAAUGGACAACUGAUAAUACCAUAUUAACUGAAUUACAAUUUGAUGAUCAAUUUAUUAAAGGAUCAAAAAUAUUAUUCAAUGGUAAUAUUGCUCCACAAUCGGGUAAAAAAUCUGGUGCUCUCAAAACAGCAUUAAAAGGUGAUUGUUUUCAUGCUAAUGCUGAUUUUGAUUUUGAUUCACUUAACAAUGGUACCAUUGUACAUGGUUCAUUGGUAAUUGGCCAAGCUGGAUGGCUUGCUGGUGCACAAUUAUCAUUCAAUCCACAUCUAGGCAAAUUGAAUAAAACCAAUUUAGCCAUUGGUUAUUUGGACAAGGACUUUCAAGUUCAUACUAAUGUCCUUGAUGGUAAAGAAUUUUCCGGUUCAUUGUAUCAAAAAGUUACUCCUAAUUUGGAAAGUGCCAUCAGCGUUUCAUGUGCAUCUGCUGAUAAUGUACCCAAUUUUAAUAUUGGCUGUCUGUAUCGUAUGGAUGAAGAUACCCAGAUCAAGGCACGUGUCAACAACAAAAACAAUAUCGGUUUGGCAUUGAUUCGUCGUUUACGACCUGGAAUUACAUUUACAUUGAAUGCUUUGAUUGAUGGUAAAAAUUUCAAUCAAGGUGGCCAUAAAAUGGGUAUGGGUAUCGAUUUAAGCGCUUAAAUUGAUAUGGAUGCAAAAUAUAACGGUGAAUGGAUGGGGAAGCAAACAAACAAACAAACAAAAAACAACAGAAAGAAGCCAUCGCACAUACCAACAGAUAAUUCAAUUAUACGCCAACAUAGCUCGUUUAUUUUUUUUUUCUAGAAGUUCAUUAGCUUUUUUUCUUCUUCUUUUCUCUUUAAAAAUCAUAUCUUCGUAAUUAGCGAAACAAUUCUAAUUAUUUACUUGAGUCAAUUUUCUAAAACUACAACAA